CGGCCAGGCACGCCGCGUUCCGGUUCCGCUCUCCCGUCGGGGCUGCGGCUGGACUUCCGGUGGCGCUUGCAGUUUAGAGCCCCCCGUAGCUCUUAAGCUACUGCCGGCUCCCGGCCCCGAUUUCAUCGGUUUCAGGUGCCCUUAGAAACAUUUUUCAAGGGCUGGUAGUUCUUCCUGAAAUGAGUUUGGUGAUUAGAAAUCUGCAGCGAGUCAUCCCCAUUAGGAGAAUACCACUUCGCAAGAAGAUUGAGAUUGUAAGGAGUGUUUUAGGAGUGCAGAAAUUUGACCUUGGGAUCAUCUGUGUUGACAACAAGAAUAUUCAGCACCUUAACAGAAUCUACAGAGAGAAAAAUGCCCCAACUGAUGUGCUUUCUUUUCCAUUUCAUGAGAAUCUGAAAGCAGGUGAAAUUCUGCAGCCUGAUUUUCCAGAUGACUAUAAUUUGGGAGACAUUUUCCUAGGAGUGGAGUACAUCUGGCAGCAGUGCAAAGAAGAUGAAGAUUAUGAGGAUAUCGUGACUGUGACUGCUACACACGGAGUCUGUCAUCUGCUGGGCUUCACACACAGCACUGAGGCAGAGUGGCUGAAGAUGCUGCAGAAGGAGAAGCUGGCGCUGGAUGAGCUGAACCGGCGCACCGGGACCAGGCUCCAGCCUCUGAGCAGGGACCUCUUCUGAUGCCAGAGGCUGGGGACAUGGGGACAGAGAUAGAGUGGGAACAGACAUUCCCCCCGCACAGUGGGGCACCCCCAAGAUUGGGAUUUCUGCAGGUUGCCACUGUCCUGUGGCAGAGGCACCAGCCCAGAAAGGGGCUAAAUUCCCUGAGCAGAGAGCACUGAGGUACAAGUGUUAGGACAUCAGAUUUUUUUUUUUUUCGCAUUAUUGCAAAUAAAAGUUCUAAACCCUUA